AUGGUUUUACUGGAGAUUGUAAGGGGCAAAAGGAAUUGCACAUUACAAAGAUAUAGCCACAUUACCGAAAAUGAUAUCGAAGGAAAUGGCGUAUCCUCAUACUCUUCUGGCUCGGAACUAAGACUAAUAUAUUUCCCUCUAAUUGCAUUAGAAAUGCAUGUGCGAAGAAGAUAUUUGGAGCUUGCAGAUCCAAGGUUAGAGGGAGGAGUGUCAAGUGAAGAGAUUGAGAAGCUAGUGCGGAUUGCCUUGUGUUGUUUGCACCAAGAACCAGCACUGCGGCCGACUAUGGCUAAAGUUGUUGGCAUGUUGGAAGGUGGAUUGGCUUUGAGCGAGCCGAGGGUCAAGUCACUAAAUUUCUUGCGAGCCUACGGCCAGAGAUUCACUGAAACAACAACAAUGCAAGGGCCUACUUCGAAUGGUGCUGCAAUUGCUACAUAUAACUCAUUGUCUUAA